AUGAUGUUCGCUAAGAACCUGAAACCCGGUCAGGCCGUCAAGGUGACACCCGAGGAUGGUGGUGAAGUUUUGCACAUUUCUCAGGUUUGCAUGAGCAAACCUGUAGAUAAUAACAGGACAUACUUGAAGAUAGUCCAAGGAUCGCAGAGUUUCGCGGCUUGUGUCCUACAGAAGGAUAAAGUUGAAUCCUGCAGUGUAGACCUUUUCCUUUCUGCACGUGAAGGAAUUCAACUUGCUCUUGAAGGAGGAAAGAACGAACUUAGUGUUAUUGGAUACUUUGAACCUGAACCUGAAUCAGAGAGCGAAGGAGAAGACGAUAUGGCGGGAUUUGGCGAAGACAGCGAAGAAGAAAGUGAUGAAGAAGAUGUAUCCGAGGACGAGACUGACGGGAUGUCCGCACCAGUUGUAAGAGAUGGACGUAUUGAAGAUUUAGAUGCCCAAGAAGAAGAACAGAAAAAGAAGGGAAAGAUGGCAAAUAAUAAGAAGACACAAGCAUUAAAGGCUCUGCAGGCAGCAGCAGCAAAUGAUGAUGAUGAUGAAGAUGAUGAU